AUGGCGGCCAGGUAUUUGCGAUAUAUUGUAUUCGCCGUCGUCGCUCUCGUCGUGCUCUUCUUCAUCUCCAGCUCUUCAUCAGUCCCCGGACGCGAAUAUGCCGAAAGUGCCAAAGACUUGAUUAAGGACUCGAGCUCAAGAUGGCGUGGCUCGCAAGAGGCCCACAGCGAUGUCAAGGAGUCUCAUCCUGACCAAGCCACCACCCCCAACACCCACGCUGGCCUCCCUCCAGCAACAAACCCCGGCCCUCGCAUGAACGCCACCUUUGUUACCCUUGCCCGCAACUCUGACGUUUGGGAGAUUGCUCGCUCCAUCCGUCAGGUCGAGGAUCGCUUCAACAAGAAGUUCAACUACGACUGGGUCUUCCUCAAUGACCAGCCUUUCGACGAUCAAUUCAAGAAGGUCACUUCGGCCCUUACUUCUGGAAACACAAAGUAUGGCGAGAUCCCCAAGGAGCACUGGUCUUUCCCCGAGUGGAUUGACCAGGACAAGGCUGCCAAGGUGCGUGCCGACAUGGCCGCUAGAAAGAUCAUCUACGGAGACUCGAUCAGUUACAGACACAUGUGUCGCUACGAGUCUGGCUUCUUCUUCCGUCACCCUCUGAUGCUCGAAUACGAGUGGUACUGGCGCGUUGAGCCCAGCAUUGAGCUCUUCUGCGACAUUGACUACGACACCUUCAAGUUCAUGGCCGACAACAAGAAGAAGUACAGUUUCACCCUUUCUCUGUACGAAUACGUCGAGACUAUUCCCACUCUCUGGGAGAGCACCAAGAAGUGGAUGAAGAACCACCCUGAGCACGUUGUUGAGGGUAACUCGAUGGGCUUCCUCUCUGACGACGGUGGUGACACCUACAACCACUGCCAUUUCUGGUCCAACUUCGAAAUCGGAAACCUUGACUGGCUCCGCAGCCCUGCAUACCUCGACUACUUUGAAGCUCUCGACAAAGAUGGCGGUUUCUUCUACGAGCGCUGGGGAGACGCCCCUGUGCACUCAAUCGCAGCUGGUCUGACGCUCAAGAAGGAGGAAAUCCACUUCUUCAACGAUAUCGCCUACUACCACGUCCCCUUCACCCACUGCCCCACCGGUGAGCAGUACAGAAUGGACCACAAGUGCCACUGCAACCCCAAGGACAACUUUGAUUGGAACGGCUACUCAUGUACUGCUCGUUACUACGAACUCAACAACAUCGACAAGCCUGCAGGCUGGGAGCAAGAAAACAACUGA